GCAGCAACUGCCCAGUUGGUAGUAUCAAUCUCUGGAGCUUGCAAGGUGGCUAGGAGCCAACCUUUCCUGCUUUCUAUAGCACAUACUGCCCGCCUGAUCAGAGGAGAGUGAAAUUAACUAGCAGACCAUUCUAGCACAAAACAGACACCCGCAGUCUGGAAGAGACAACAUGCUGGAUCAGAUUCACUUGCUGGCUGCUGUGACGGUCCUGGGAGUCCUGGAGCAAGCUUACUUCUCCCUCCAGGUGAUCUAUGCCAGACGGGCAUAUGGGAUCUCUCCUCCAAAAGUCUCAGGGCCACCUGAUUUUGAGAGGGUCUUUCGAGCACAGGUGAAUUGCUCUGAGUAUUUCCCCAUUUUCUUGGCUAUUCUCUGGCAGGCUGGCCUCUUCUUCCAUCAAGGUCUGACUGCUGCCUUGGGCCUGCUGUAUCUCUACUCCCGUUACCAGUAUUUUAUGGGAUAUAAGGAGUCCUCCUCGGGAAGGUUAGCCCCAAUGUAUUUCAACGCUGGAGUUCUCUGGAUUCUUAUCGGACUCGCAGCAGUUGGGAUCUUGCAUUUCUUGCUCUCUCACUAUGUGGGGAUUAAUGUCCUUCUGUUCAUUAGCUUGUGAAAGGAGCGUCUCCUUGGACAACACCCUCCCUUCUUGGCCCCUCUGAAUGUGUCCCCUUUCAUUAGGUCCACAUAGCCUGUCUCCUGCAGGCAGUGGUGAGCUGGAGCCGGUUCGCACUGGUUCGGGCGGACCAGUUGAAUUUUGAAGCAGUUUUAGAACCGGUUGUUAACCCGCUUCCCUGCGAGGGGGCGCUGUGGCUUUGAUGGGCUCCGG